AGACCCUCCCUUCCCACCAACCUUAAGGCAUUAGGACAAACAGGGAUUGGAGGUAGAAUUUAGCUGAAGGGGAAAAUCUCUGGCUUUUCAAUUUCCUUUGAGAGCAUUGCAGCACUUCAGCAGAAAGCCAGCCAGGCGUUCUUUCUCUCCUCCCGAUUGCUGCAUCUCCUCUACAGCAUCCACUCUGCUACCCACCUCACCACCAUGGCCAGUACUGUGUCAGCCUACAAGGAGAAAAUGAAGGAGCUGUCCUUGCUCUCACUGAUCUGCUCCUGUUUCCACACUCAGCCGCACCCCAAUACCAUCUACCAGUAUGGAGACAUGGAGGUGAAACAGCUGGACAAAAGGGCAUCUGGCCAGAGCUUUGAAGUGAUCCUGAAGUCCCCUUCGGACUUGUCCCCUGAGAGUCCAGUCCUCUCUUCUCCUCCUAAGAAGAAGGACCUGUCCCUGGAGGAGCUGCAGAAGAGGCUGGAGGCUGCAGAGGAGAGGAGGAAGACCCAAGAGGCUCAAGUGCUGAAGCAGCUGGCGGAGAAGCGGGAGCACGAACGGGAGGUGCUGCACAAGGCCCUGGAGGAGAACAAUAACUUCAGCCGGCUGGCUGAGGAGAAGCUCAACUACAAGAUGGAGCUGAGCAAGGAGAUCCGCGAAGCUCACCUAGCUGCCUUGAGGGAGCGACUGCGUGAGAAGGAACUGCAUGCAGCUGAGGUUCGCAGGAACAAGGAACAGCGAGAGGAGAUCUCUGGAUAAAGGGCUUUUCUACACAUCUAGCACCUGGUUCCUGAUAACUAACCAACCAACCAACUAACCCAACACAUUUUAUUUUGUUUGUCUAGAUGCAACAUUUGGUUCCCCAUUUCCCCCAACCCUCUGGUGUUUGUUCCCCAGCUACACGCGUCUCUCUCUCUCUCUCCAUCCUUAACUGUUCAGUACUUGGGGUGGAUCACAGGCCAUGGGUUACCUCUAAGCAUACUAGCAGCUAGUUCAUAUGAAGUAUAGAAUCAGUCAAUACCAAUCAAACAGCUUCUCUUUGGGAUUUUGUUCUUUUUAAAAAAUCUUUCUGAAACAGAUUAAAGAAUUCAGAUACUAAUAAAUUCAGCCAGCAGUGCCAUGGAGAUUUGGAUUCCCUAUCCGGAGCUUAUACUACUCCUGGCAUUUGCUCUGAGCCAGAUAUCAGUGUCAAGACAAUGGGCAGUAAAUAGUGAGGAUUUCUUCCUUGGGGGGGAGUGGUUAAUGGAUCCAUUGUUUCCCAGCAGAUGGAGAAGGGGACCAGAUGGCUCAAGGAAUUGGUUAUGUCAUGCAGAGCCUUUCACCUUGGGUCAUUGGUUUGAAGUCAGCCCAGGUAGGUAGUGACUUAGUCAUUACUUGCUGACGGUGCUUUGGUAGCCCAUGUGAAAUUAGCUGGGGGUCUCAGAGCCUAGUGGACCAGUGCCCAUAUCGCAAAAAAUACCAUCACCACAGGCAUUAGUGGAUAUCUUAGUUGGCCACAGGUUGAAUAAGCCUGUAGGCUGAACUACCCCCUCAGUUGUAGAGGCAGGACUGGGGCACACUGGCUCAGCAGUGUUGGGGAAGCCUGCACUGUUACUGCCUGUGUUGAACCUGAUUCUAUAGAUGAUCGGGGUGGCUCAGUUUCCAAGGCUGUCAAUCUGACACUUUUCACAACCAAUAACAUUUCACUUCAAUAAGUAAAUAAAUAAACUAGAAAGGGUAUGUGAUUGCCAAUCAGCCCACAGGCCUUUAGAGAAACUCUAAUUUGGGAGAAUUAUUGUUCCCUCUUCCCAAAGAUGGACGUGACUCUUCAAUACCAUUACAGGAGAGACAUUUGGACCAAAGAUCACAGAAUGAACCAGAGAGCUCUGGCUCUUCGGCCUCACAUCGUAGCAAAGGACACACUGAUCUCUGCAAUGGUAUUUCCAGAAGAGCAGCUUUGGAAAAGGCGGGGGGGGGUGUGAUCAGGGAGAGGGCAGAAGGGGUUAGGAGACAUUUGUGUGCCUGUUUCUGGUGUAGUCAUGGCAGUAGAAAUGUAAGGUCAUUGUUUACAGAGAUGGCUGCUGUAAAAGCAGAUGAUGAGCCAAACUGUAAGGGGUCUGCCAUUCCAUCACUAAGGUCAGUAGAGUUGCAAACACUUAAUGCCAGAUCUGAAUUUGACUUGAUAAAUCAACUGGCUGAAGUUUUUAUGUCUGGCUGAAAUGCAAGAGGGCAUCAACUUAAACUCAGUGAAGACUUGCUAUAGGGUGUUUGUGCAGGUUCAGCUUGCCCAAGAGCAUUCCCUUGUGGGAGGGUUUUGUGGAGGAGAACUUGGCAGCUCUUUUUCCUUUUGGAACACAGAGCAGCAAAGAAUCCUUCCUUCCACCUUCCAACUUUUGCAGUGUACUGGUACCUUUCUUCCAGACCAGUGCAGUGUUUCCAGGGAAAGGCAGCAGAAGCAGGAAUAUAGGCACAGAUACAGGAAGGAAUCGUGGACUCAAAUUCAUCUUCACUGUAUCACAAACUUCCCCUCUCCCAAUGGCCAUAAUGGAUUCUGUUUCAGAACCCAGGAUGAACUAACAAACAGGCCAUCAAGGGGAACAGGAGGUUACUUACUAGUACCUGGUGUCCUUUGCAGACAUUGCCUCAAAAAGCCAUUCUAUAGGUGAGGCACACUCCUCCGGUGCACCUCUGCGGAGGCAAUGUCACCAAGGAGAAUAACUCGUGCAAACAACUGUAUGCUCUGGGGCACAGUGGGUGCAAGACAUGUAUAUACUGCUUCCUUUUACUGUACAUAGAGUGAUUCCUGGAAGGCGCUGAGGGGUGCCACAGACCAGAGUUGGGAUAAGCAGGGCUGGAAUGUCAUCUAGCACAAAGGUGGUGUCAAGAUGCCAAAGCAGACAGGAAUUUCAUAUUUGGCAUAAAGUUCCCCUUGCACACACACCCCAAACAAAUAUUUGCUGACUCAGUUCUGAAGCUGCAGGUUUUCCCUCUACAAUGAGCUGGCAGAGUGUAAGGAAUCUGCCAUGCCCCAAACCAGAUAGGUGGCAAUUGGUCACAAAAACCCAAUAGUGUGGUAAAGAAGUGGCAGCUGCUGCUGGAACUAAGGCUACUAGCCUCUCCCUAACCUACCCGAGAAUAAAUUCUCCUUUUAACUAGAGAAGAUCCCUCUAUGGCCACAUGUUUAUGGAUAUUAGGGAAAAGCUCUGCUCAAAAAGGGAAGGGCUAGCUUAGCCACAAACCCCUCUGCCAGGGUCAGAGAAAGGCCAGGACUGUUAUUUGGCCCCAGUAGUAUCCAGGGACAGGAAGCAUGUUAGGGACAGGGUGGGGAAAAGGAAAGGAAACUGAGGGUUGAAUUUCUUAACAGUAGCUAAUGAUCAGUUUAUAAGUAGCAGUUGUCUUAGAUAAGCAUCUGUGUACACUGCAGAAUCAUCGCCAGAAUCAUCUCAUCCAUAUAGUGACAAUAAAUUUUAAAAAGUUAAUAAAUAAAAUGUUUGUGUGUAAGAAAUGGUUGAAACUGUCAAAUGUCCGUGUCUCACACCGGUGAGAGCUGAGAAGGUGUCUGCAAGAUAUUAUCCCUGUCCUACUCUCUGUAGUGCUGAGUGUUUGCUUGGUGUGUAAUUCUGACCUGAAGCUUGGUGUAAAUACUGUUUUUAGUACUAUGAUAAUGAUUAAUAUUAUCAGAAAUGUUGUACUCAUGAGCACGAGAUUAAAACAAACAAGAAACAACCAUUUCCACUUGGAUUACCCACUGGGCUCAAAAGAAUUUGGAGGCAAGGCCAGGUGAGGACAGGAUGCCUGGGGCCAUGGGAUCCAGGCCCAGAGAGAGCAGUACAUCCGAGAGGCAAGUAGCUGCACAGUACAUAGCUGUUUGCUGCCUGCAGAGAUGGCUGGGCUGCUUCAAGUGGAAGGUAAAUCAGGGACUCAGGAGUAGGAGGCAGACCAAGAGUCCUUCAGCCAGGGUGGGUGGGAACUGGGAGAAUCCAUUCCAGGAGUGGGGCCGAAGGAGGGUCAGGAGAAAAAAAUCUAGUAAGGGGGGCGACGUUUCAAACACAGCCCUCAAAUGUAAUGGAGCCAGAUCCAAUUUAGUGUUAAUUCAACCUUGCCUCUGGGAAGGUAGUCCAGUCUAUUUCCUGUAAGCAUGGAACAAGACUGAGGGAAUGGAUGGUUAUAUGUAUGAUGCAGAAGAAAGUGGGUAGCUGCAGACUGUGCUUUGUUGGGGGCAUUCCUUCCCUUAUCCUGUACAGUCACCGGGUCUAAAUUUUUGCCUCUGCUUGUAUCUUCCAUCUCAGACUUUCAGGGUGAAGCUCCCAGUUUAAGAUCGCCUCCAUGCAGUUACAGGCCAAUUUUGAUCUCAGGUAAAGACUUAUUCUUGUAAUAACUUGCCUGACAAACACUCAAAUUGGUGAUACACACAAAACCUGGCUAGAGAGGAGCCUAGGAUAUAGUGCUUGUGCAGACAGGAGAGCUGGGAACCUCAUUUUCUUCAUCUUAACACUUUCAGUGCUGUGAGGUACUGUGGACAUGUCAGGAAAAUGCAUUAGUGCAGGAUAAACUGAUGCAUCAGGCAGAGAAACGGAAGUGUCAGGUAGAGGUUUGCAUCAGUAAUGUCAGGGAAAGGUUUGUUACAUCUGAUGGGAUAUGUCAUGUCAGGGAAAAACGCUUGUCUGGUGUGCCCAGGUGAAUCAGGUAUAAUAGGAGCUGUCUGCCCCAUGCAACUGAAUGUGUCAGGGAAAUGAGUUUGUCCAGUGUCAUUGGCUGUAUCAGGGAAACGUGUGUGAUUUCUGCGGCUGUAUGCCUCUGGAAUGGAAUUUCUGUUGCGUGGAGGGCCAUUCCACUAACAUUGCAGAUGAAACGUUUGCAUGAUCCCGACUGCAGCAGAGAGGUUAAUGACAGGUGCAAGACACAUGCCUGAACUCUGUGCCUGACAGCAUCAUACAUUGCUUUGAUCUUCAGUUCACAAAUCCGUAUUAGUUCACAAUUAUUUCAUUCCUGUUGAGUUCUCAGAAUUGCUAACACUUAGUUUGUGCCUGAAUAGGGAUUUCUUACUCCCUUUUAUUUCCAUCACACUUCAUUUUUCUUGUGGCUCUUCAGCCAUUCCCUCAUGUUGCCAUCUUCAGGGGUAUUCCAUGGCAUGCAAUUUACAAAUUCCUGGGGCACCAUGUCUUAUGACUGGGCUCCAGCUCCUUCCGUGGCCUUCUAGGGUAUAUCUACUUGGCAAUACAAUACCCGAGGCUGUCCUAUAUCAGCUGACUUGGGCUCAUGGGGCUCAGGCUGUCAGGCUAUAAAAUCGCAGCGUAGCCAUUCAGCCUUGGGCUGUAGCCCAGGUUCUGGGACCUUCCCUCCCCGCAGGGUCCCAGAACCCACAUUUCAGUUCAAGCCUGAAUGUUUGCACUAGUUUUAUAGCCCCAGAGCCUGAGCCCAGGAGGCAAAGUCAGCUGACACAGGCCAACUGCAUGUGUCUUAUUGCAGUGCAGCCAUACCCUUAGACACUCAUUGAGGGGAAUUUCUAACUAGACUUGCUGUUAGUGGCCACUUGUAAGAACAUAUCUACUUGUGUAACAGCAGAUCUACUUUGGGCCCCAGUCUCUUUAGGUGUAACUUCAAUGAAGUCAAUAUUUACACCAGCAGAGAACUUAGCCUAGUGUAUAUUCCAGGUGUAACCCAAAGAACCGUGGUGGCAAAAGACCACCAGUGUGUAUACACAUUUCAAAUUCCUAGCUCCCUCCCUGUUCCCUUGGGCAAAUUAUUUCCCAGGUGUCACAAGCAUUUUGGUGAUUAGCAAUUCUGGGGUAAGAACUAGAACAGUCUGGCUCAUGUUCCAAAUAUUAGACCUUCCAUUUGCUUUAUGUAGAGUAAGUGUUCAGAUUUGGCUUUAAAGGGUUUCUCUCAAGGCUGUAUGGCCCAUAAACUGACAAUGAAGUGCUCCUCGUUCAUGUCUAUUUUGGAAGUUCUCACUCCAUGCUGUUGUUGUGUUGUCAAACAAACCUUGCAGUCAGAGUGUGGGAGUUCCCCAAAUGCUACCCUUUUAGUGCCACUGGCGAUUCAGACAAUUGCAUGCAUGUUACAAUAGGGAUCAGAGCUGUGACACUGCUCCUGUAAAAUGUAAAUUUCAGGUUUUUCUCUUGCAAGGACCAGUAUGACUUUUUACCCCAUUUGUUUAACUUUGUCGUCUCACGUAAUUUGUUUAAUUCCAUUAAGCAGCAUUACUGUCUUUGCACACUUGCGGUGGUGACGCGUGUAUUCACAUAUGGUGAGCACGCACAGACAUGCGUGUGUGUUAUGCAUACACCCACAUAUCACAUCAAACUUGAAACAAGAGUCAGGGAAUGGCUGUUUAUGGUGCUAUAGAGACUUAUUGCCAACCAUGCUAGGGAUGACAUGACAUAUUAGGACCAAUAAACUCUAUCUCUGUACAGGUGUCUAAGUAAUGUAGAUAAGGGGCACGGACCAACAUUUAGGUUUCUAUAAUCCAGAGCCUACUGGGCGAUGAGGGGAUAACUGACUUCAUUGGAAGCUGGAGGGAUGAGUUAUCUGAACACAGGAAUUGCUGCCAGGAAUGCCUGACUUCUUAUCCUGGCUGUCUUGGGCAAGUCAUUUGGGGUAAGUCUACACUGCAAAAAAACAAAAAAAAAACCACGGCAGCAGCAGUCUCAAAGCUCAGAUCGACUGACUUGUGCUGGCGCUACAGGGCUAAAAAUAAAGUAGACAUUCCUGCUCAGUCUAACACCCACCCCCCUUGCUGGGUUUCAGAGCCUGAGCCCCUGCCCAAGCAGGCAUGUGUGCAGUGCUACUUUUCACCCCAUCACUCGAGCCCCAUAAGCCCACAUCAUUUGAGCCUGGGCUUCAAGGCUUGCUGCCGCAGAUUUUCUUGCAGUGUAGAGGUACCCUCCACCUCUGUGUGUCUCUCAGUUCCCUCAUCUGUGACAUGGGGAUAAUACUACUUCCCUACCUCACCAGGGUGUUGAGAGGAUUAACAAGUUAAUGUCUGCAUACACUUUGAAGAUGGAAAGCACUCUGCAAGUGCUGAGUAUUAUUACUAUUACAUCAUCAGCCACUUCCCUGCAAAGACAAAAAUUAAACAACGGUCCCAUUCAGUUCCCCCAGGCUGCCCUCUUGUUCUCUCUGGAGCCAGUUUGGGUUUGAAUGUCAGUGGCCUUGUGCAGGAUUCACUCCUCAUGACCCAGUGUGUGCUAUCUUUGUUCUUCCCAAAUAGACAGCUCAAUAAGAUACUGUAAAUGGUGUUAUGAACAGACUUUCCAUCACUGUAACGGAGCCGUGUCUGGUUCCUUUAGGUCUACCACGUGCAUUUAAUUGUCAACUUGAGGUUGUUGUUGUGCAAAAGAAGUGAUUAUGAAAAACUAAAAGAAAUAAACUUGGUAUGAAACCA